AUGGGCGGCGUGCCCUGGAAGCGGGUGGAGCUCGUCGCGCUCGUUCUUUACGCGCUGGGCUUCUACCUCGUCGUGAUCCGGAGGUCGCUUCGCCUCUCGCACGAUUACUCCGGGAGGCUCUACGGACUACGCGCGGGAUCACUUGCCGGUCAUCUGAAUGACCUGUCUGAUGCACAAUGGAGAAACUUCCGUGGGAACCUGCCGAUUCUGACUGUUGUAAUGGGGGCAUUUCUGAUUGUGGUCAAUACAUUGCGAUAUUGCCAUGGCUUGAAGGGCCAAGGGACUGCUUUGUUAUGGCUUAUACUCUCCUUGAGCUAUCUAUAUUAUCUUCAUGGCGCUUGUGUUGUGUUCAUUCUUUUAAUUUCAUUGAUUAAUUACUCCAUAGUGAAGCUAUUUGCUCAUUAUAAGUAUUGCACAAGCCUCAUUUGGAGCUUCAACUUAUCUGUUCUUAUUCUUAACCGAGUUUAUGAAGGCUAUUCGUUCUCAUCAUUUGGGGAAAAUCUGGCUUUUCUAGACAACUAUCGGGGUACAUUUCGAUGGCACAUAUGCUUCAAUUUUGUUGUGUUACGAAUGAUUAGUUUUGGAUGUGAUUACUGCUGGACAAUUCAUUCUUCUCACUUUGAUCACAAGAAACAUAUGCAAAGAUGCCAGGUUUGUUAUUCUGGGAAGACAUGCUACUUUGCUUUACAGGAGAGAGGGCUCAAUGUUGACAGAUACACAUUCCUCAUGUAUUUAUGCUACUUGACAUAUGCUCCACUCUACAUUGCUGGUCCUAUUGUUGGAUACAAUGCAUUUGCUGCUCAGUUAGAAGUACCUCAGAAAAAUUAUUCAUUUACACAAAUAUCUUGGUAUGGUCUGAGGUGGAUCUUAAAUUUCCUUCUUAUGGAAGGCAUGACACACUUUUUCCACUACAAUUCCUUUGUAGUAAGCCGAUUAUGGCAGAAUUUAUCCCCAUUUGAGGUCUUCAUCAUCAGUUAUGGGGUGUUAAACUUUAUGUGGUUGAAAUUCUUUCUUAUUUGGCGCUACUUCCGGUUUUGGUCACUGGUUGGGGGAGUCGAGACACCUGAAAACAUGCCUAGGUGUAUAAAUAAUUGCCAUGAUCUGGAGAGUUUCUGGAAGAGCUGGCAUGCUUCUUUUAACAGAUGGUUGGUCAGGUACUUAUACAUUCCUCUUGGUGGCUCUCGAAGAAAGCUACUGAGUAUCUGGGUGAUAUUCACGUUUGUAGCAGUGUGGCAUGACCUGGAAUGGAAACUUGUUUCAUGGGCAUGGUUAACUUGCUUAUUUUUCGUUCCAGAGAUAUUGGUCAAAUCUCUGUCCAACAAAUUUCAGGCAAGUAGCUCCCUUGGGAUGCUUGUUCACCGAGAAUUUAAAGCGAUUGCCGGUGCUAUGACCAUCAGCUGUCUUAUGGUGGCAAACCUUGUCGGUUACGUCGUGGGACCAUCCGGGAUUAAAGUUUUGAUCUCAAAAAUGGCUGGGAAGGAAGCCUUGCCUGCCCUUGCUUUCAUAUUUACUACAUUCUAUGUGGGCGUUAAGCUGAUGUUCCAUAUACGCGAAGCUAGCAGCAGCCAGGGGUGAUGGAGCUGGAGAUCAUGUAUCCAGUUUUGACUCACAUGUAGGACACACUCAAGGAAACUAUUCUUUGUUUUCCUUUUCCUUUUUAUUUGUUGUAUUUGCUCUAGACACAUCACGCAUUCGAGAGGCAAUUUAGUUCUUGUGAUUUUGCUUUAGAAUAGAGGCAAGGGCUUACUGAUUAGCCUGCUGGCAACUUGCAUAUGCCAAGUUCUGAUUAUGAUUUCUGUUUGAAAAUAUAUUCACGGUGUGACCCGCUUGGAUGAUUUGUGAAUUUGGUAAUGAAUGUGUUGUUAAACCAACUCAAAA